AUGAAAUGUAUUGAAGAUGUUUAGGUAAUUAUUUCAGAUUGCAAUACGGCUCUUGAAAGCAUUAGAAAAUCGUUUUACCCUUUUAUCAACAUUGAUUUCGAAUAUCUAUCUGAAUUAGAACUUAACAAAGUAAACCAAAUAGUAAUUGGUUUUAUCUAAAUAGAAGUAUUUCAGGAAAACUUACUUUAAAAAUUCAAAUCAUCAUCUGAAAAACUUUAAAAAAUAGCAAAUAGUUUAAAAAUUUAAAUGAAGAAUUAAUAAUCAAGUGUGAAUUAACAAGAAUCUCAAAUUUUAAGUACAAUACCAAUCGUAUAAGAAUAGUCCAAACAAAAAAAAUAAUAAUUAAAGUUUAAACUACUUAAAGAUAAUUGUAUAAAGCAAGAUAAAAGGUGUUAUGCAAUAGCAUUUAAUAGUGAUGGAUAAUUUGUUGUAUUAGGUUGUAGAGAAAUAAUUAAAGUAUUCGAACAUGAUAAAGGAAAAUUGAAUCAAAUCUAAUUAUUAAUCGAGCAUAAAUCUGAUAUUAGUAUAUUAAAUUUCAUGAAAAAAACUAACCAUUUUUUAUCUGGAAGUAAAGAUGAAAUCAUUAUUAUAUGGUAAUAGUAUCAAGAUAAAUAAUGGAAUUGUGUAUAAAAAUUGGAAGCUCAUAGAGAUUGGAUUUUUUGUAUUGUAAUAAACAAAGAUGACAAUCUCAUAAUAUCUUGUAGUGCAGAUACAACAAUCAAAUUUUGGAAAAAAUAUAAUGGAUUUUCAUGCCAAUAAGUAAUUACAGAACAUUAAAGUGAGGUAGUUUCAUUAAGUCUAAAUUAAAAAGAGAGUAAACUGAUUUCUUGUUCUAAAAAUAAUUAAAUCUUUGUUAUAGAAAGAACAAGUUUCACAACAAUUUGGCAAGUUGUAUAAAAGAUUCCAUUAGAUCAAUAUGGCGUAAGAUUGUGUUUUAUUAAUGAUGAAUAAUUCAUAUUCCUACCUUGUCUCCAAGAAAACUUGUAAUUGUAUUAAUUUGAUCUCAACCAUAAUGAGUAUAGGAAAAUUCUAGAUUAUCCUGUAUCGUGUGGCUCAUGUGAUGAAUGUAAUUUCUUCCCAAUUUAAUACUAAAAUGCUAAGGGCCUUUUAGUGAUUAAGAAUGGAAAGAGUGUUAAUGUAAUGAGGAGUUUAGAGAAGGGUGAGUUUGUAAUCGAGUAACUAAUUUAAUUUGGAAGUUGUGACAAUUAUGGGUAAUUAAGCUAGGAUGGAAACUAUCUCCUUACUUGGGAUAGUAGUUCAAGACAAAUCUAAAUACGUAAAUGCAUGACAAAAUUAUUCUGA